CGCGAACCGAGUGUUGAACAGGUGAUCAUAGAUUUGACAGCCGAACACGAGGGGGACGAAGCGAUAGAACUUUCAGAUCCCUUGUGGGAGGAGGGGUUCAACGGUGAUGCUGCAGAGGUCCUGCCGCUAUACGAAAACUGUAUCGGGUGCAGCGAUUGCGAGCCGGGCUGUAGCAACUCACGUCAGAGCGGAUGGGGGCAAUCAUCCGGGGCUAGUGAUCAUAGCGCAUGCGACGAUGAUGAGUCGGACUGGUCCGAGUCGCAGAUGAACACUUGUGAUCAAGCCUCCGGGGUUGAUGACGACGAAUUGCCAUCGAGUGGUCAACAGACACCGAACAGUAUUCAAGCUCCCAUCGAUGAAAACUUAUACGAACAGAUUGAAAAUCCUCAACCGGUUCAUGAAUUUGGCAACAUAAUACUGGUUCAAAUUGAACAGUUUAAAAACCAUUUUGACAAUCGUGACCGUGAGCUUCAUAGCAGAUUAGACACUUUCGACCGCAAACUUCAACAGUUAGACGAUCGUGUACGUCAGAUUUAUGUUCAGCUGGAUGCUCAUGAUGGUGCUAUUCACUUGGGUCUAGAUAGACAGCGUUUAGCUAUAGAGGAAAUAGCUCGUGAUUUACGCCACCAAAUUCAAACUAUCGACAAUUCAAUCGGUCGUUUGCACAACUUAACGCAAGAACAGAUAAGAGAAAGACGUCUAAUGUUCGAAGCCGUGUAUGCUAUGGUUUUCCCGAUAUUUUAUCCAUAGUGUAAUUUUUAUAAGACAUAACAUUUUUACUCUAUAUCCGAUGGUAUUUUACAUUUAUCUACCUCGUGUUUAAGAUAUUACCAUAUAUCUACCUCAUGUUUUAGCAUGUAUUUUGUUUUUAUCUAGCAUUUAUCUACCUCAUAUGUUUUUUGGUUUUAGCAAUUAUCUACAGCAUGUUUUAUCAUAUAUCUACCUCAUGUUUUAGCAAUCAUCUAUAGCAUGUUUUACCUUUUAUCUACCUCAUGUUCUAGCAUUUAUCUAUCUCAUGUUUAAGAUUUUACUGUUAUCUACUUUUUGUAAUAUCUGAAAAUUAAUGUACAAUGAAUAAUGAAAAUUGUUCAGACGUUGCACAUAGCCGCCAUUCUCUUUCAGAUCAGUCACAGGGUGCACUGUCUGAAGAGGCCUGUAGGUCGCAACAACAAUUGUUAAAUGCUUAUCCGAAUUCCGAGUCGUCGCAGCAAUUCACCCAUUUUGAUUCGGACCCUCAACUACAAGAACUGUUAAAUACGCUUUACACAUACACACACCAAGAUGGCGGCGCGCUACCAAGCACCUCAGGUCCAUCUACUACCUCGGCAACCCCUACAGACGCUAUCGAACCCAUACAGACGCCCCCUUCUGAUACACCGUCACUGAGCGCAGUCGAUAUCGAAGCGUUGAUACGCGAUGGUGGAACCGUAAAUGACUUUCACGUUUAUCCGAGACCUCGUUUCAAUAGCGUGGAACUGCAAAGAUCCAUGAAUCUGAGAGAGAUUAGAGCCACAGAUUUAGCAUCGUAUCACAUACGCCUGCACGACACCAUGAACGAAAUGGUAACAUUCGCCAGACGAAUCGGAGGUGACAACAGUGUGAUCAAUUUCACGCUAAGAGGUCCGCGUCUCAAUUCUGAUGUAUCUGUAAUUUUAUCCCCAGGAAAUAAUUACGACGUCACGAUAUUUACAGAUCAAAUUGAAAAAAUUUUACAGAGCGACGAGCGACUAUUGUGUGAUGAUAUGGUCGAGAUAGGCGCUACCGUGGCAAUGAACAGACAGGGAGGUGUUCGACGCAAACUUACGGAUUUGGCUCUUGACCAGGUGAUCAAAAGAAAAAAGACGAGUUUGUUUUGUCCUAUGAAUAUCUCUAAUAAUUUGUGCUUUUCUAUCUGUCUCGCACAUUUUCUCGAUCCCGCAUUACCUGAGAGCGACCUGGAAAGACGCGCAGCGGUCAUUCAAAAUGACACGGGAUUCUCGAUUCAAGACAAGAUAGGCCUUUGCGACAUAGCGAAGUUUGAAAGUCUGUAUGACGUCAAAAUAGUUGUUUUUUACAGAACAACAGAUGGACCGGUAGAAACAUUCGCAAAUCAGAGCGAUCCGCAUCCGAAAACGUUGCACCUUUACUUACACGAUGAACACUUUUACACGAUUCUCAAUCUAAAGGCGUUCAUAGGCUCCAACUACGUAUGCAGGUUCUGCUAUAAAGGGUACAACGACGUUAAGCAUCACCACUGUAGUCGGAUCUGCAACGUGUGUUUCGAUCCCGAUUGCUACAAACAUCCUAAAAGAACCGUACAUUGCGCCGAUUGUUUGCGUUUUUGCAAAUCCGAUUACUGUUACAAAGCGCACAAGAAAAUAUCCCGGGGCAGAGACCGUGUGCCGUGCGAUAUGAUAAAAUACUGUAAGCUGUGCAAUAGACGCUACGAUGUUUCAGGCGCUAGAGAUAAUCACAAAUGCAAGCCCGUCCAAUGCGUCCAUUGCGGCGAAGAUCUCGGGACCGAGGGGCUGCAUCAGUGUUUUAUUCGGCCUAUAAAUCCCAAGGAUACUAGCGAGAAGUACAUCUUCUACGAUUUUGAAACCCGUUACGAAAACGGAAAACACGUCGCCAACUUUGUAUGCGCGAUCACUUUUCAAGGUGAGAAAUUUGUAGCGGAGGGACCCUACUGCGUAUCGUACCUAAUCAACCAUUUCAGGCAACGACGAUAUAAAGGCUACACUUUCAUUGCCCACUACGCGUCCAAAUUCGAUUCUUUUCUCAUUUUGGAAUAUUUUUGCAAAGCUGGGCUUACGUUGGACAUCAUCAUGCAAGGUUGCAAAUUAAUCUACAUGUAUGACAGCGUGUAUGCUCAGCGAUAUAUCGACAGCUACUCGUUCAUUCCCAUGGCCUUGUCUAAGAUGCCUGCAGCGUUAAACUUGACUACUACGGAAAAAGGAUACUUCCCCCAUCAUUUCAACAGGGUGGAAAACGAAAGCUAUGUAGGCCCAUACCCAGAUAAAAAGUUUUACGGCUACGAUAACAUGACCGACAAAAACCAGGCAAAGUUUGACGAGUGGUACGCCACCGUUACGGGGAAAUUCUUUGACUUUAAGAAAGAGCUGAAAGAGUAUGGCGUGAACGACGUGGUCUUAUUACGCGAAGCUUGCAUGAAAUACCGUGACGCGUUCAUCGCAUGCACAGAGCUCGACCCCUUCAACUUUACAACGCUGGCUAGUUGUUGUAUGGGCGUGUUUAAAACGCAUUAUCUCGACAGUAAGACGCUGGCUCUUACACACAACAACGCAUACGUUCAAAAGAGUAAGACGUACUCGAACGCUUCGAUCGAAUGGCUUGAGUAUGUUAAAAAGACUCGAAACUUGGACAUUCACCAUGCCCUGAACCACGGUGAAGUGUCUAUCGGUAAAUAUUACCUGGACGGGUUCGCGGAAUUCCAAGGUACGCGAUACGGGCUCGAAUUUGCCGGCUGUAUGUUCCACGGCCAUUCAUGCCAGUAUCCGUCGCAUUACACGCAUCCCAUGUCGGCCGUACCCUACGGCGUUCUCAGGAGACAGUUUGACGAAAAGGUUGAUAUUCUGCAGAAUGCGUAUGGGUUAAAAAUCGAGGUGAUGUGGGAGUGCGAAUGGACCAAAAUGAAACGAGACGAUCCCUCGGUAAAAGAAUUUAUGAGUACCUACUCUGCUCCAGAGCGACUGAAGCCCAGAGACGCUCUCUUUGGCGGUCGAACGAACGCCUACAAACUCUAUCACAAAACGGCAGAAGGAGAAAGAAUAAGCUAUGUCGAUUUCACCAGUUUGUAUCCCUUCUGUCAGUCUACGAAAACCUACCCCAUCGGUCACCCCGAAAUCAUUUUCAAUGAUUUCGAGCCGAUCGAAAACUAUUACGGUCUUAUCAAGGCCGUCGUGUACCCUCCCCGUAAAUUACUGCACCCCGUCCUGCCGUAUAGAUGCAAUGGAAAAUUAUUUUUUCCACUGUGUCGUACUUGCGCGCAUUCUGAAAAUCAGACGUCGUGCUGCAGUCACACGGAUGAAGAAAGGGCGCUCUCAGGUAGCUGGGUCAGUAUUGAGCUUUUGAAGGCCGUCGAGAAGGGGUACGUGAUCGCUAGGAUCGAUGAAGUUUGGCAUUUUCCCCAGCGUUCUGAUAACUUGUUUCGUGAAUACGUGAAAACGUUUUUGCGAUUGAAACAACAAGCGUCCGGCUACCCCGCGAACGUUGUCACGGACGCAGACAAAGCAAAGUACAUCCGAGAUUAUUACAAAAAAGAGGGGAUACGUCUCGACCCCGAAAAGAUCAGUUACAAUCCUGCUCAGAGAUCCAUCAAUAAACUACUGUUGAAUUCUCUUUGGGGGCGCUUUUCUAUGCGCGAGAACCUCCCCAAAACGCUACUCGUGAAAAAACCUGAAGAUUUCACCAGAAUUGUUUUCAACGCAACCACAUCGCUGAAAUAUUUCACGUUCGUCUCGGACGACGUGGCUCUCGUUCAGUUUCAAAAACCCGAAGGCGAAUUGUGCAAAACAAACGACAUUAACGUGUUCGUAGGGGCAUUUACGACCGCUCAUGCGCGACUGGAGUUGUACGAACUCAUGGAUAAACUCGGCGAUCGUUUGUUAUACUCUGACACAGACAGCGUUAUAUUCGUUUCAAGGGACGGCGACUGGGACCCCCCGCUGGGGGAUUAUCUGGGGGAGCUGACGAACGAAUUGGACGACGGUGAUUUCAUAACAGAGUUCUGUUCUAGCGGACCAAAGUCUUACGGCUAUCGUACCGCUAAAGGCAAGGUGACUAUGAAGGCUAAGGGAAUAACCCUAAACGCAAAAAAUUCUCAAACGAUCCGAUUAGACACUCUGAUUGAUCUGGUCGACGGCUAUGCUAAAUCGCGCUAUAACUCGCGCUGCCUCCUGGCGCACACUGAGAACAUUGUGAGAGAUAAAAAGCAUCUCACGCUGCACAACAAAUCAGUCGUCAAAAGGUUUAGAGUCGUUUAUAACAAAAGAAGACUCUUGGGAAAUUUCAGCAGUGUACCCUAUGGGUUCUGAACACAGGGGGAUGCGGGAGGCUUCUAAUUUUGAUUUCAGGCUCCAACACCCUUUCUCAUGCAUCGUCAGUGGGCCAUCCAAUUCAGGAAAGUCAUUUUUCGUUAAACUGUUGUUGGAAAAUGCUACGAAUGUGAUUUCUAAAAAGAUUGAUCGCAUUGUGUUCUUGUACGAUUGUUGGCAACCUCUGUAUGAUGAACUGCUUAAAUUGUACAACAUUAAAUUUGUUGAAGGAAUACCACAGAGUCUGAAUGAUGAUGAUUUAUUCCCAAACGAUCAGAAUUCGUUACUCGUGCUAGACGACUGUAUGGACGAGGCUAGCGCAAACAAGGAGGUCCAAAAGGUUUUUACUCAGUAUGUCCACCAUCGAAAUCUCAGCGCUAUUUAUAUCGUACAGAAUUUAUUUGCUCAAGGGAAAUCCAGUAGAACCAUCAGCUUGAACACCAAUUAUUUGAUUCUGUUUAAAAACCCCCGCGAUGCCAAUCAGGUCGCCGUGCUGGGUCGUCAAAUGUAUCCCGGUAAUGCAAAAUAUUUUAUGGAGUGUUAUCAAGACGCUACCAGCCAGCCCUUCGGAUAUUUAUUGAUAGACUAUAAAGCGAAAACUCCUGAACAAUAUCGUCUCAGAACCGGAUUGCUUUCCGACAGCCAAGUGGUUUAUCUCCCGAAAAAAAGAAGACCGUAAUCGAUCGUCAUGUCUGCGAGACUUCGAAAACAUUUGCCUCUGUUAAAGAUGCUACAUAAGGCUACGCCUAAACAGAGGUUACUUAUUUUACAAUCGGCAUCUGACGAGCUCAUUUUAACGCUGUGCGAAGUAGCUCUUAACAUCUUAUACGGCACGAUUCCGAUCAGCCCCAAAGAUUAUCGCAAACUGAAAAAGAGAAGAGCGGAGAUUAAACUGGUAGCCGAUAAAAAAAUCAGCCUGUCUGCCAAGAAGCGCGUUUUGAACCAGAAGGGUGGAUUUCUUUUGCCUCUACUCAGCGUGGCGGUCCCCUUUAUUUCCAGCUUAAUAGCUUCUAAAACGGGGUGAUUAUGGAGUAUGCGGAGAAAAUGUAUUUAGUCCCGCGCCACCAACUGGACAAGCUGAAAUCUGAAAACGUUCGUGAGAACA